AUGUGGUCUCCUGCAAUGAGCCCUGGUGGAGAUAGAGGGCCUCAAAUCCCUAGAUUGGUUGCUGUUGCAAUAGAUAAGGAUAAGGGCAGCCAGAUUGCCCUAAAAUGGGCUGUCGAUAAUCUUCUCAGCAAAGGCCAAACCGUCGUCUUGAUUCAUGUCAGGAAUAAAUCAGAAACAGGAUUGUCUGCUCCUCCCAAUUCAUCUUCCAGCCCUUGGCCUAGCCAGAUUUCAGACAGUAGUGUGGAUGUUGCAGGUGACCCCCAAUUGAAGGAAUUGUUCCUCCCUUUCCGCGUCUUCUGUACGCGAAAAGAUAUACAAUGCCAUAAUGUUGUGCUGGAUGAUACAGAUGUAUCGAGAGCCGUUAUUGACUUUGUGAAGCGAACAGGAAUCGAUAUCAUGGUCGUGGGCGCGGGUGCAAAAGCUAGUUUCUUCAGAUUUAAAGGCAAGGACAUUCCCGGAAACCUGUUGAAGGGUGUCCCUGAUUAUUGCACUGUCUAUGUCAUCUACAAAGGCAAGAUCUCAUCCACACGAGCUGCCACUCGAUCUGCACCAUCGUUUGUUAGCCCACUUCGUAGCCAGCUGAUAAUGAGUCAAACCAACACUCGAAGUAAUGCCGGACAGGAUACACCACCGGUGCCCUACAGCAACAAUUCUAGAAAUUCAGUCUCUGGGUCGAGGCCCGGAUCAGAAAUACCUUCGGGCAUGAGAGCGAGUGAUGCAGGGAUCAAGUCUCCUUUUACUCAUCGGAGGGCUCCCAAUGGAAAGGCAUACGAACUCUCCGAGCCAGAAAUGGACAUAUCCUUUGUCAGCUCAAGAAGAAGUUUCGAUGUGUUCCCUACAAUAAAUGACAGCUUUGAUGGUGGCAUCACCCCUCCUCGUCUUUCCGGUGGCUGCAUCACCCCUCCCAGGCUUUCUGGAUUCUCCGACAUGGAUUAUCAAGGAUUUGACUCGUGGCAGUACGGUCGCAAAUCCGUUGACAUUGGGCGAAAGUCAAUGGACAUUUUGUCUCCCCUGUCGGGCGAGAAUGACAUGUCAUUCUCUUCCGGACAAACAAUGGAGGAUGUUGAAGCAGAGAUGCGGAGGCUAAAGAUGGAGCUCAAGCAAACCAUGGAUAUGUACAGCAACGCGUGCAAGGAAGCCCUCACAGCGAAAGAGAAGGCGAAGGAACUCCAGCGAUGGAAAAUGGAAGAGCAGAAAAGGAUAGAGGAGGCGCAGAUUGCAGAAGAAGGUGAGGAGAAACAUAAGUCGAGGUCUAUGCCGGUUAUGGAUCACUCCGAAGCAUCUCAAAGAAUCGCCGAGCUGGAAGCUCAGAAGAGAAUCAACUCAGAAAUGGCGGCACUCAAAGAAGCAGAGGAGAGAAGCGCACCAGAGUGCAGGUACAGGAAAUACACCAUUGAAGAGAUCGAAGUUGCUACUGAGUAUUUCUCAAAAUCUAGAAAGAUCGGAGAAGGCGGCUAUGGCCCUGUGUACAAAUGUUAUUUAGACCACACUCCCUGCGCCGUUAAAGUUCUACGUCCCGAUGCCACUCAUGGCCGAUCACAGUUCAAUCAAGAGGUCGAAAUUUUGAGCUGCAUCCGGCAUCCGAACAUGGUGUUACUUCUAGGAGCCUGUCCGGAGUACGGUUGCUUAGUGUACGAAUACAUGUCCAACGGAAGCUUGGAGGAUCGUCUGUUCCAGCGUGGCAGCACGCCGCCAUUGUCGUGGCAGACAAGGUUUACAAUCGCGGCCGAGAUUGCGACAGGCCUGCUCUUCUUACACCAGACCAAACCGGAGCCUCUGGUCCACCGCGAUCUGAAACCGGCCAAUAUUCUUCUCGACCGGAACUUUGUCAGCAAGAUCGGCGACGUCGGGCUGGCGCGGCUGGUCCCGCCGUCGGUGGCGGACAAUGUUACUCAGUACCGAAUGACGGCGACUGCGGGGACGUUCUGUUACAUCGAUCCGGAGUAUCAGCAGACAGGGAUGCUGGGAGUGAAAUCGGACAUAUAUUCUUUAGGGGUGAUAUUCUUGCAGAUCUUGACGGGGAAGCCGCCGAUGGGGCUGACUCAUCAUGUGGAUAGAGCUCUGGAGGAAGGGACGUUUGCGGAGAUGCUGGAUCCGGCGGUGGCGGAGUGGCCGGCGGAGGAGGCGACGGAGCUGGCGAAGUUAGCGCUCAAGUGCGCGGAACUGAGGAGGAAGGAUCGACCGGAUCUGAGUAAAGUUGUGCUGCCAUUUUUGAACAAGCUGAGGGAGCUUGCAGAGGAUGCAAUGAAGACUUGAGCGAUCGCCAUCUGCACAAUCCAGCACCGGCGGCUGAGCUGAAUUCAAGCUGCCCCUUUUAUUUAUUAGGCUUUAGUUAUUCUAUAUAGAUAUAUUGGGCUUCUUCUUCUUCUUCUUCUUCUUCUUCCUGUAAAUCCCACCUCUGAACUGCCUGCCUGUCUGUGUGUUUGUUGUUAGUUUUUAGUUUACA